GCACGAAAAUCGGGCAAACGAGGCCGAGGAACAGGUGCCAUGAACGAAGCGGCCGGCGUCAACGGACUCAACGGCAUGAACGACGCUGCUGGCGUGAUCGAGCUAUGGGGCGUCCCGCCGCCGCUACUAGACCUCACGGCUGAUGAAAUCGCAUUAUAUCGGCGGUAUUGUCUGCCGAGAGGUGAGGGCAGCUUCGUAAGCAAGCUGCUUGUACGAACCGAAAAGGGAAUCCCCGAGAGCGACGUUGACCUUGACGUCCGCGCACCCAAAUGGCGACCGACGGAGACGCUGCCUUUCCGAAAGAACGUCUACCGAGAACACUUCGCGACAGCCCGGCGUUCCUCCGUGGACGUGGACGCGUACAGAAAAACAAAGGACAUCGCUGUCGAGGGGCGCGCCGUGCCGAAGCCCGUUCUACGCCUUUACGAAGCCAACUUUCCAGACGGCGUGCUGGAAGGCAUCGAGGCGGGGAAGUACGGUCUGCCAACCGACAUUCAGGCCCAGUGCUGGCCCAUUGCUCUCAAGGGCAGGGACCUUAUGGCCACGGUACGCGGCGGAGCUAGAGACACGACACUGGCCUACCUGCUUCCAGCCAUCGUGCACGUCAUGCACCAGCUACCUCUCCAUCCUGGCGACGGCCCCAUCGUGCUCGUGCUAGCAGCGACGCCGGAGCUGGCGCGACAGACCCACGAGCUGAACUGCCACUUUGAGAAAUACACGGCAGUUAGCAGCGUGUGCCUGUCUUGCGGGGACUGGAAGCUACGGCAACUGAAAGCCCUGAAGAGAGGUCCAUGUGAGGUUUGCGUGGCGUCACCUGGCCGUCUGUUGUCCUUCCUGAAAGAAGGCAAGGUGAAUCUUCGUCGCUGCUCGUACCUGGUGAUGGACCGAGUGGACCUCAUGCUGAUUAUGGGCUUAGAAAAACCAAUUCGCGCCAUCAACGCCCUAGUUCACCCAGUCUGUCAGAAGAUAAUGUUGGUUGCUUCACCAAAUUGGGCCGUUUCCCAUCUUGCCGAUGAAUUGAUGCACGACUACAUUCAGGUGAGCUUCGGGUUACAGACGGCGCAUCAAAGCGGACAGAUUGAGCAUAUUGUUGUCAUCUGUGGUGAAGCUGAGAAGGACGACAAAUUAAUUGCCAUCUUUGAGGACAUUCUCAUCAAGAAGUGCGACAAGGUGAUCGUUUUCGCAGGAACGAGGCACAGCCUGAAUGUACUGGUGUUAAAACUGCGAAUGCUGGAUUGGCCAGUUGUCGCCAUUCACGGCGGUAUGACGGAAGGAAUCCGCGACCGCGAACUCAACGCAUUUCGAAAAGGCUUGGCGACCAUAUUAGUCGCAACGGACGCGGUCACGCGUCAGCUGGACGAUGGCGACGUGCGUUUCGUGAUCAACUACGACUACCCACUGUGUCUGGAGGACUACCACAAACGGGUGGAGCACGCCGCCCGCUGCGCUGGUCAGGGCACGGCGUACACAUUUAUCAGCCCCAACGACAGACGGCGUGCAAAAGAGCUCAUCGCGAUUCUUCGAGCUAACAAACAGACGGUGAACCCACGACUCCGCGAACUAGCCACCAAGGUGCUUGACGCUGCAAAAUAUUGACUUUACUCAUCCACUCGCUGAUCUUGCGAUUAUGCGUUGCUUGAGAAGCAGGUGUGUCCGUCCUUGUAAAUUGCUCGUGUAUUCUAAAAUGCAGAGCACGCAGGAAUUUUCUUCGUUUUAACAGGAAAAAGGCCGAAAGGAUAACAUUGGAGCCCUGUGGUUGCUCUGUUUGCUUUCAUUCAGGUGCUGGGCACGAUCACGAAAGUUGUCUUGACGUCGAAAUUACGUGCUUCUCGUCUUGCCAAUAUAAAAACGGU